UGGCGUGACGCGUCUGACGCGAAUGACGUGGCGAGCUGGAUCAGCCGAACUCUGCUCUACACUUCAAUAGAUCAGUUUCGAUCUUGGAGCUUUCAAAAUAACAUUUGUUUGUCAGAAAUGGAGGUUAACACAUGCAACAUCCAAGUGCUUCUGCAGGCAGCUGAGUAUCUGGAGCGGAGGGAAAGAGAGGCCGAGCACGGUUAUGCCUCAGUGCUUCCAUUCUACAGUAAAGGAGUUACAGAUAAGAGAAAAAAGCAGAAAUCAAAGAGUCAUUCGCCUGGGAACAGCAGGUCUGUUCACAAUGAGCUGGAGAAACACAGGAGAGCUCAGUUAAAACAUUGUUUGGAGCAGCUGAAGCAGCAGGUUCCUCUGUCCUCCGAGUCAUCUAGAAACACAACCCUCAGUCUGCUCAGACAAGCACAGCUGCACAUCAAGAAGCUGCAGGAACAGGACGAGCGUGCAGAGCUGCUGAAGGACCGUCUGCGCUGGGAGCAGAGAGAGCUGCGCACACGGCUGGAGAAACUGCAGGGCGGUUCAGAGAGGAUGCGUAACGACAGCCUCGGCUCAACGGUGUCCUCCGAGAGAUCCGACUCAGAGAGAGAGGAUGUUGAAAUCGAUGUGGAGAGCAUGGUGUGGACUCUGGAGUCAGACGGUUUGGGCUUAUCACAUGCUGGGGUGGACCACAGCUACUCUACCUCUAAUCACAGCUGGUUAUGACCGGCCCAGAUCUACAAACAUCACAGAACGGUAUGAAACGUUUGAUGGGCUUUAACCAUCGUCACCACAGAACAGCCUUCUGUUGCUGCCACUCUGAAACCAUCAGCUGCAAACAACAACUAAAGCAUGACUGGAAUUGAUUUAGUGUAGUGUAUUCUUUACACUAAUGGCAUUAUGGUGCUCUAGUAUGCUAUACACUCAUGAGAUUCAAGUGUAACAAUUUUGGUGAUGCUUUAUUUCCACAGAAUGAUUGUUUUUUUCUGGAUUAGUCAUGGUCACGCUGUACCCGUUAGUUGUCUUCUCUCCGGCUCAUGAGUUUAAGUUUAGGGUCAGCCUGCAGUACUCAUGGCUUGCACUUAAAUGUUUAAUAUCCAGCUUAUUUAAUUCUGUUUCAAAAGUCAAGUUUUGAUACAUUGCACAAAGCAUACGCAUGAGCACUUGUGAUGUCUCUUUAGGUGUGUUAUUUCUUUCAAGUUUCCUAAUGUGUGAAAUUGCAGAUUAUGUCAAAAGCAUUUUUUUAUUUUUCACUUUUAAUAUUGCAAUAUUUUUUUUCUAAUUGAAAAAUUAUUUCAAGGGUUGUGGUGCUGCAAUUCAUAGGGAAAGAAUGCUUUCCUUUACAGCCAUGCAUUUGUUUGUUUCUAUUGGGUAACGGUACAGUUGGGUUUGAAAUGAUUGUUAUUUAACUACUAUCAGCAUCAUAAUUUUAAUGUAAUUUUACUUUGUUUUGGUCGUGUGCUUUGAUUCUCUUCGGAAUCAGAGUUGGUGCUAUUAAAACACCCAACAACGAGCUGUUAUUUAGAGCCCUAAGCAAGAAGCCUGAAAAAUAGAACAUAGUUAAGUGUUUUUCUUUUUUUUUUUUAUAUAUAUAUAAGUUGAAUCCCUUUUCCCCUAAAAUGUGUUAGUCUGCUCAUGCAAAAUGUUUCUUUUUUAAUGCAUACCUUUGAACUGCAAUUCAGUAUGUUGGUAGUAUUGACAAAAUACAUGGGCUGUAUUUGCAAACUGUUCAGUAUCUGCUCAUAUCAGUCAUUUAUGCAAACUAUUAUGAACAUGCCUUUGUUUUUAGAUGUUUGUACAGUAAUUGUUAAUGUACACAGCAAAAUGUACAUUGUAUAUAGUUCUGAACACCAAAUGCCUUAUGAACUAUUCGUAUGUCAUUGGACCAGGAACACCUUUGUAUUUAUGUCUCUCCUUGUAUUCAUAUGUAGCAUUUUAUUAUUUUUGACCAACAUAAGCCUUUUGUACAUAUAAAUAUUUUAUGUAUUUAA